UCUUGUACAAAUUGGAGAAUUUCCGCGAGAAAUAUAUGGCCUAGAUGCGAACCACUGUGUUAAAUUAAAAAGAAUUUCGAAAUUGUCAAACAUUUUGGGAGGUAAAGACUCAAGAAUGAUUCAUCGGAUGAACUUGACCCAUUGCUUUACUCUGUCCAGCAAUCUUCAGAAUGAGGUGGCAAAGAUGAAAAAGAAUUUACCGGAUGAUUCUGUGUUAACGGCUCUGUUUUCUCUCCUUUUCUCAUGUUGGCAAUCUGAGUAUCAGGUCAACUUACCCGCGCGUGAUGAUAUUCCAGAGUGGUUCACCUGCCGCAUGCAUGUAACAAAGAAAGGACUUCAAGAGUGCAACUUUAGAAUUGAUUUUCCUGGAAAUUUCAAAUGGGAGGACAAGGGAUUGGCCUUCUGUGCUUCUACUGAUGUCCACAGAGCAUUUCGUCAUCCACUCAGAAUCUACAUUAAUGGUGUCACCAUGAUUGAAGCAUCCGAUGUACCAUGGAACCACAAGCCACGGUACUACAUGCCAUGUUAUGAUAUCAAAAUUGUGCAGUUGUACUAUAUGCCGUUCCAUGAUAUCAUAAAGCGGCUAGGUGAGAGUGACUUACAGCCGCCUUCCAUCUGUCUCGUUAAGUUUGAAUUUAAACUUGAUUCUAUGGAUGAAGACGGCAUGCUGGGAAGCUUGGGGGUCCACGUUGUAAUGCCGGGAUGGGAAGGCCCAUCUGUGAAUGGGGUUCUCUCUCAGGGAACUGACUCCUACUCUGAGGACAAUGCUGAAGCCUGAAGAUGACCAACUACUUGAUUGUGAGUAGGAUGUUGGGUUCUUCCUGACACUGGUAUGAGGGUUAUCAGUGCUAUUAGUUUUUCGGCUGCCUUAUUCAACCAUUCUGGUUGAAAUUCAGAAUAACGUACAUGAUACCUCCACCUAAUAGAGUAAUAUCCGUGGAUGAACUUUUGCCAAUCAC